GCUAUCGGCGUGUCACCGAUUCUCUCUCAACUCUCGGGACUUUUUCUGCCUAAAAUGUUUGGCUCGUCAAGAUCUGGGGGCCUACGCGGAGGCCAGGACCAGUUCAACUGGGACGACGUGAAAGUCGAUAAACACAGAGAGAAUUAUCUGGGAAACUCCUUGAUGGCACCGGUUGGAAGAUGGCAAAAAGGUAAAGAUCUGACCUGGUACUCAAAAGACAAAAAAACUGGCAAACCGUUAUCCAAAGAGGACGAACUUGCUGCUGUGAAAGCAGCAGAAGAGGAGGCGCUGAUGGCUGCGCUAGGUCACAAAGUUAUAAAGAGACAGCCAACUGGUCUUACCAAAGAGGAUCUUGUAGAGGUUUGUAGAAGGGAAGAGGCUGAUGGUGAAGAGAGGAGCGUGGAUCGUAUAUCAGGCUUGGGAAGCUCCAGUGUGGGGUCACGGAAGAUGUUGCUGUCCCAAAAAGAGAAAGAAGCGGCUAAAAUGGGUCUGCCAAUUUUUACACACCACAAGACUGAAGGUCGUCUAGAAACAUCUGCAACAAAAACAUCUGAGAGCGUUGAAAAAUCAGAAGAGACAGAAAAAGGUCUGCAUGAGAGCAAAAAGAAAAAGAAAGAAAAAAAGAACAAAAAGGAAAAGAAGAAGAAGGAAAAAAAGAAGAAAAGGAAAAGACGAGAUUCGUCAACUUCUGAGUCCUCAUCAUCGGAUGAUAACAGGAAAAGACACAGAAAGGACCACCAUCAUCAUAAUCCAUCAUACCAUAGUCAGAGUGGAGCCAGACCCCAUGACAGCCAUUCAAGGGAGGGAGCAAAGGCCGAGCGACAGCCUUCCCGCCCCCGUCAUCGACGGCAGAGGCAUGACACAGACUCUUCUGACGGGGGGUCUCCAGCCCGCAGUAACUCUGCCUUCCACAAGAAGGCCCCCGCUGGUGCCACACAAAGCCACAGGAGACGCCAUGACACAGACUCGGACGACUAAUGUCCCGCGCUCCCCCACCAAAACCAGAGAUGCAUAGUGCACACGCAGCGUUUUGGGACCUCCUGGAUCAUGGACAGGCAGGAAAACUGUGAUGCUUCUUACGUUAUGCUUUAUAUCAUACUAUCAGUUCCUCAUGUGGGAAAAAUGAGUUUGGUGUUUCUAUUGAAUUUUGGUGAUGAGCUCUUCUUGUUUCCAAAACUGUUUAUUAAAUUCGCAACUGUAUUUGUUUUGCUUGUUUGUCCAAAACCUUUUUGGCUUUGAUUUUCCAAAGAAUUCCUAUGAGGCAAAAGUUCAGCUUUUUAUGUUUUAUAAUUUUUUCUAACAUACAUUAGCUGACACUUUUUCCUUCCCAUUGAAACAUAGUAUUGUAAUGUGGACACAGUUUUAAUUUCAUAAAUUAUAAAGCAUAUUGUAUUAGGAUAUUAAUAAACCAAUUUUAGGUUUUUAGUUGAAAUGGCUUCGGCUGAUACUUCUUGAUGCUGUAAGAUACUAGUGGAAUGCUCUUCACUUAAGAGUGUAGUGCUUGCAUUUGCUUUGAAUGGGUUUGAAAGAGGAGUUAUUGCAUGCUGGUACCUGGGGGGUGCACGCACACACACACACACACACAAAAGAGCAAGAUGUUCAUUAAGAAGAGUGCCAAAUACCAGACUGGUCUUUUUUUAUGACGGAGUACCGUUCUGCUGCCACACACGAACCAAGCUGAUGAAGCAGCGGGAGCAGAGGCCAGACAAAGCCACCCUAUGAGGGACUUGAGGCUCAAACUACUACGCCUUCCACCACUACCACGCUCUCCUGCCAUGUUUUAUAGGCUUGGCUGCAUUAACCAUGGCAGCCUAAUCAACCUGCAAGAAUGCUAGACUGCCACCCUUACACAAAGUGAAGCAGGGUAUGCUCUUCACAUUACUGCCUUAACCUCAACAGUGGGUGGGUCAUCACUUAUGGGAAUUGUAUUUCUUCCUCAUUUCAUGAUGAUUUUGAGGAGGUUUUUCCAAAUUUUUUUCUUAAGCAUUAACUGUUAAGAUUAAUAUUACAAGGGUUCUUAGUGAAUCUGUUGAAGUUUCUUGCAAAAAUAUUCAUACACACUGAAGAUUUCACACUACCAGUUAAUGUAUUGUGACAGAUUCUCAAUUAGAUUUGGGUUAGUGCUUUGACUGUAUGAGCCAUUCUAACAUGAAUAUUGAUCUAAACCUU